AUGUCCAUCCCACGACUGGAGCUGCAGGCAGCGGCCCUUGGAACCAGAGUGAUGAAUACUGUCAAGGAAGAACACAGUGUGGACAUCAGCGAGACGGUUUUAUGGACGGACUCAAAAACGGUGCUGAAAUGGAUCGGUAGCACCCACCGCCGGUAUAAGCAGUUUGUUGGCAACCGAGUGGCGGAGAUUUUGGAGUCAUCGAAGGUUUCCCAGUGGAGAUGGGUACCUACAGCUGACAACGCAGCGGAUGAUGCGACGCGGUCGCAGAGCAAGGCGGACCUUAGCCCGGAAUCCCGGUGGCUAAGCGGUCCCGCAUUUUUGAGGCAGCCAGAAAGCGGCUGGCCAACGCCUGAGAAGGGAACCGAGCAUGUUCCAGAUGCACCUGACGAGGAGGAGAUGCCCGAGAUUCUAGAGCUUCAGUCGCCUGGUGAGGACCACCGUCUGGGUCCUGAGGUUUGCGCGACGGUGCCGCAAACAGAGAAGCGAGCUCAGGAAUAUGGACUCACUGCAACGGAGUGUGAGGCCGCGGAGAACCUGUUAAUCAGGCAGGCCCAAUUGGAGUCGUUUCCCGACGAGAUGAGGUCGGCGGAACGCGGAAAGGACGUCGCCAACUCGAGCGAGAUUCGAAGUCUGGCGCCUUACGUGGACAAGUAUGGAGUUCUGCGAGUUUAUGGCAGAGUCGAUGCCGCGCUGUCCAUGCCAUACAGUGCGAGGAGGCCUGUGAUACUGUCACACAGGCAUAGUCUUACGGAGAUGGUAGUAAGACACUACCACGCCCAGAUGAAGCUUCAAAACGUGGAUGCGACGAUUGCCCAGAUCCGGACGAGAUUCUGGGUCACCAAGAUAAGACGAGUGCUGAAGGAGAUAAUCUCGUCGUACAACGUGUGCAAGCUGCAACGGACGCGGCCGAUACCGCCGAUAAUGGGACCCCUUCCAGAGGAUCGCUUUGAAGCUGGAGGAUGGCCAUUCAAGUACACAGGACUGGACUACUUUGGGCCACUGCUGGUGACCGUUGCCCGUCACAGAGAGAAGCGUUGGGUCGCCUUGUUCACAUGCUUGACGACAAGGGCAAUUCAUCUGGAGCUGGCGCAUGACCUGUCAACGGAUUCCUGUAUAAUAGCAAUCAGGAACUUCGUCUGCCGUAGUGGACCAGUACGUAAACUGCGAAGUGACAACGGCAAACACUUCGUGGGAGCUGACAGGGAGGCCAGACGAUUUGGAGACGUGUUCGAGACGGAAAGGAUACAGAGUGAGUUAUCCAACAGGAGCAUUGAGUGA